AUGGAGUUUGGUUCCAUUCCUGCAUAUCUAAAAGCAGAUAUCUCAAGGGUUGCCGGAAGUAUAAAUGAAGUAUCUCCAGAAAAGUGGAGGAUAUCAAAUAGACCAGGAGACCAAGAGCUGAAGAAGGAUAUGUCUUGUGACGGGCAAGAUAGCGAGGAGGGCCCCGGUGGCCACGAGCCUGGCUCUGAGGAGGGCCCCGGUGGCCACGAGUCUGGCUCUGAGGAGGGCCCCGGUGGCCACGAGCCUGUCUCUGAGGAGGGCCCCAGUGGCCACGAGCCUGGCUCUGAGGAGGGCCCCGGUGGCCACGAGCCUGGCUCUGAGGAGGGCCCCAGUGGCCACGAGCCUCGCUCUGAGGAGGGCCCCGGUGGCCACGAGCCUGGCUCUGAGGAGGGCCCCAGUGGCCACGAGCCUCGCUCUGAGGAGGGCCCCAGUGGCCACGAGCCUCGCUCUGAGGAGGGCCCCAGUGGCCACGAGCCUCGCUCUGAGGAGGGCCCCGGUGGCCACGAGCCUCGCUCUGAGGAGGGCCCCAGUGGCCACGAGCCUCGCUCUGAGGAGGGCCCCGAUGGCCACGAGCCCAAUAUAUUUAUUGACUUAUGGAGCUUGACAAAUACGAUACUUUGUAUAGCUGGCAAAGACAAUGUCAGAUAA